CUCUCUCACACACAAAGAGAGAGGCACAACUUGGCGGGAGAGUUUGUUUGUUGCUAUGGAAGAGUUGUUGUUUUGAAUGCAGGGUGCCAUUCUUUUCUCUCAGAGAUAAACAUUGAGGGAUGCAAGAUUUCAAAAGGACUCUUGGAAGGUAUCCAGCUGAAGUUAUGAAAUGGAAAGAAAGGACUGAGGAAGAAGAAAUGCAAAGUGAAUGAAGGGAUUUCCUCUCCAUUUUCUUGAAUUCUUUGAGGCUUCAGAAGAAAAAGAAGCAAUAGAAAGUGCAUUUAUUGAAGGCUGAUUCCUUAAGGAAAAGCAUCAAGAUCAUUUCACCUUCUCUCUCCUAUUCUGAAGUUCUUGGACUGACUGGGAGUAAAAUUUUAUUUGGAGAUAUACAGUGCCUGAUAUCUAUCAGAAUGAGAAGGCUGAUGAAUAUGGAGAACAAAUUACUUUCCAGAAUGAGCAUUUCUUGUUUUAUUACAUUGUCUACAGAGAUUAUAUUCAGAAGAUCAUCUCUCAGAUUGUUUUGUCAUGUGACUGAGAGCUCCAGCACCGAGUCAGAAAAGGAAAAUGGCAUUUUAAUAAAUAACCUGAUGGUUAUGGGUGUGGAUAUCAAAAUGGUAAGAAAACGACAGCCUGGUGUGCUCAAGAGGCAGAUUACUAAUGAAGAUGGCCUGAAGAAAUUUUUGCAAGCUAAAGGGGCUAACAGAGAAGCCAUCGCCAGUAUCAUUUCACGUUACCCACGUUCCAUCAUUCGCUCAUACCAGUCUCUCAAUGAACGUUGGGAAAUCUGGCGGAGUAUUCUAAUGAGUGACUUGGAAAUUGUAACAAUCCUGAAACGCUCCCCUGAAUCUUUCUUUCGCUCUGGAAAUAACACAAACAUGCAGAAAAAUAUUGCACUUUUUUCUUCUCUUGGACUAACUUCCAAGGAUCUUGGAAAGAUGCUGACCAGAGUUCCUAGGGUAUUUUCUAAUAGUACGGAACUCAAUGACCAAAUUAUAAAUUUGUUGAGUGAGAUCUAUGUAAAUCUGGGAGGAGAAAACCCAGAUGAUUUUGUAAAGGAAAUAAUUUCUAGAAAUGUUUUCAUCCUUUUACGGAGCAGCAAGCAAGUGAAAGCUAACAUUCAGUUUUUGCAGUCAUCUUUUAAUCUGGACAAUGAUGAACUGCUGACACUGUUGCAUGGUCAAGGAGGUGAUAUCCUGGAUCUGUCUAAUGAGUACCUUAAGAAAACUCUUGGAAAUGUCAAGGACAAACUGUUGUCCCAUGGAUGCACUGAAACAGAGGUGAAUACAUUUGUCCUUAAGCACCUUCGCAUUCUGUAUCUUUCUCCUCAGAACUUGAAUGAAAAAAUCGAUUUUCUCUUACAUGCAAAUAUUAGCCUUCAUCAAAUGCUGAGAAGCCCUCUAAUUUUUGACAAAAGCCUCAACACUAUAAGUAGUCGAAUUUAUGAGUUGGAAAAAGCAGAUUAUAAUUUUGGAAUCCAUGGAAUUGGAAUAAUUGCAUUGAGUAAGCAACGAUUUAAAGCUAAACUAGAAACAUUACAAUGUGCAUAAAAAUGUGUUCUUAUGACCUAAGUACAGAGAAAGCAAAAAUGUUAGAAAGUCUUUUGCAAACUGCUUUAAAAAUAAGACACUGUGGUGCUUAAAAAAAUAAAUGAUUCUGUGAUUGUUGUGUGCCUUCAAGUAGUUUCUGACUUAAGGCAACACUAAGGAAAAUCUACCUGGUUUUCUGGGGGUGAGAGUGUGUGAUUAUGAUAAAUACAAAGUCGUAAGUUCUCAAACCAUAGCCAUUUUACAGUCUGUGCUAUUGCUUGAUACAUGGAGCCCAAUUUUUAGUUACAAGCAGAUCUUUAAUGAAAGGUGUGUUAUGAUGGAAUUGUCUCCUUUGGAUUUCGGAUAAGGAGGGCUACAAAAAUUGUACCAAAUAGGUUGCCACUUGUUCCAUACUGUAUUUUAAAUCAGAAAGUACAUUCUGAUGACUGAUAAAUAAUUUUAUAACUUAGUUUCUAGUUUUGUAGAAAAUCUGGUGGAUGCAGAAAUGAGACAGGCACCACUGAUUUUUUGCUGCUUGGUCAGAAAGCUUAUUUUGUUUCCUGCUUGGCCUUAGGUUGGCCUUUGCUGAUACAGCGAAGCAAAGGUUCACUUGAUGCAUUUAAAGUUUGUGUGCUGCUUAAUGAUAAGGAAACAGGAUAGAGUCUUAGCAGUUAAAGUGGUGUCAAACUGCUUUAAUUGUUUUGUGGAUACAUCCUGGAUUAGAACUUGUGAAUAUAAUUCAAUUCAGCAGUUUCUCUUUCUGGUCUUCCUUUGUAAUUUCCUUGUUCAAAAUAAAUUUCAAGAUGAAAUUUAAAAUGAACAUGGCUUUUGCACACAUUUUUUAUAACAGUUUGCAGAAAUAAAGGCAAAACAGACUAGUUAGUAUCUCCCCUUUUUUCCUUGUUACUGUGAAUUAAACCAAUAAUACAAUAAAAAGACUCAACUGAAAAACAUUUUAAUAAAGAGCUAUAAUUCAAUCAAUAUUUUUUAAAAAAAUAGUAGCUUUAAAUUCAAUUCAGUCAUACUCCAAAAUUCCCAUCACCUGAAUCCUGAACUGGGUGGAAAGGUUGACUAUAAAUGUGUAUAUGAAAGUAGAACUAUUUUAAAAUGAAGGAGAUAGAAUCUGAUAAUAAGUGUCUAGUGGAGGAAAAUAAAGAAGAAGAAGCUAAUUGGCAGAUACAAAGGGCAAACCCUCUUGUGGCCAAAGUUUUCGCAAGAUGAAAGGAUAAAAAUCUUUGGGGAAGAAUGCAUGUUUUAGUUCACUGCUGCUAAUUAUGGGUAAGCUUCAAGUGUGCACCAUGCUGCAAAAACAGUAAGGAAUGAUAUGUGGUGUCCUUUAGUGGUAAACAACCAAUUAGGCUGUUUUUAAAAAGGCUUUGAUUGUAAAUUCUAAACAUUUAUUUACCUGUGGAUGCUUAGAACCCAUGGUGUCUUUGAGGGCACCCCACUUUGUUUGAAGUGAGAUGUAUCAGAAAAGUCAGAGAGCUAAUCUUAGACACUUUCCCCCCUUUGAAUCUGUAAUAAGGCUCCCCUAUGUUUUCACCACUAGGAAAAUAAAAAUCUACAACUACAGGACCAGUAUGGACCAGGGGUGCAGAGUACUCUGUGUGAUCUACUUAGUUUAUCGCUAGAACUGUAAGACCCUCUAAUCAAGAGCCCUUUAACACUACACGGUUAUAGUACUGUGAUCCCAUUUUAACUACUAUGGCUGCAUCUUGAGUCAUCCUGUUUGUACUUUGGUAUGGUACUAGAGGUCUAAAUGAUUCUAAAUACUUCUUCCUAAACUGCAAAUCCCAGGAUUCUAUAAGAAUUAUAGCACUAUAAAAGUGUAGUGUGAAAGGACCCCAGAGCUGGAUGCAAAACAUAUUUUGAUCAAGUCAUGGUGACAUAUGCCUUGGUUACAUACCAUUUGAAUAACUGUAACACUAUUUGGGGCUGCUUCUGAAGAGUGUUUGGAAACUUCACUUGGUAGAAAGCAUUGCAGCUAGUUCACUGCAGUGAACUCAGAGUUUACUUAGGCAUGUUACAGGGAUCAUACAGCUCCCCUGCUCCAACAGCUCCACUGACUGUUAGUCUGGUUCCAGGCUCAGUUCAAAAUGCCAGUAAAUAAUAAUAAUGGUGUGGUACAGACAGCCGUUUUGUGCUAUGUUGGUGCCGAUUUUAGGGUUAGGGACAGCGCGGCAACCACAUGGUCCCUAACCCUAGCACAGCGGCACCAUAAUGGUGGAGGUCCAUUCAUACAGACGCCACCAUUGUGAUGUCAUGCCCACGUCACGUCCAAACAGUGUGGCAUGGCCGUGACGUCUCUGCGAAAUGGAGCUCCUUUUCAGCGCACGCAUCGUUGGCGUGGCAGCCAAAUGGCCGCACCAAUGAUGCAGAGGGGAAAGGGGCCGCCCCUUUCUCCUCUGUAGUGCUGGCCUCGCUGGGGUGCACUGGGCGUCUAAGGCAACCAGGGCACCCAUUUUUCAAGCCAAAGAGAAGCGGCAUUUUGCUGCUUCUCUUUUGCCUGGAAGAACGCUGGAUUGGGGCUGCAGGGGUUGCCGGUGAGGUUGCCCUGACCCCAAUCUGGUGCAAACAGGGAUGGCUGCAGGCCGCCCCUUUGGCACUGUCUGUACCGCACCAUAAAUAAUAAUAAUAAUAACAACAGGCAGGGAACAGUAACAAUUAACAAACAACAUCAGU